AUGUAUGUCAAAGUGUCUAUUUUACAUGAAUAUAUACAUUUUCCUUUUUGGCUAUGAAGCAAAGUUAGUUUCAGUAAAUAUAGUAAGCUUCCAGACAAUUUAAAGCGAUAAUCGCCAAAAGUUCUCAAAUGGGCCGAUGUAGUUUGGAUUGCUUCUAAAAAUAUUUUUUGGAUGGUAAACAAAAUACUUUCUUGGUUGAAUCUUUGUUAUUUUAAGCUACAUAUUUAAAAAAAAAUACACGAAUAAAAUCGACACGCCCAAUGGAUUAUCUUUUGUCCAUUUUCAAUUGACAUAAACGCUUCAAAGCCCCAAACACACACGUGACCUAAAUGUGUUUUCAUGCGUUCUUCGAGGCAAAACUUAUCUUGUCAUAAGAUUGAAGAUUGGAAUGACAAGUAUGAACACUUCAAUUUUGAAAAUCUUGUAACCAGUAGAGCACGUAAACUAUAAAUACUCAAUAGAAUGGAACGUGGAAAACUCAAACCUGAACAUGAAAAUUGUAUUCAAGAAAAUUAUUUGACUCUUAAAGAAAACAUUGACUGCAUACAGGAAAUAACUGAAUACUUAUGUAGAAGAAAAAUAAUAUCUCAGGAAGACAAGGAAAGAAUUCUGUUGGCAACAACAUCACGUGAUAAAAACGAAGCAUUACUAACAACAGUUUUGAAUGGAGGGCCAACUUUAGCUUUCAAUGUAUUUUGCAAGGCGUUGAAAAAAUUUUCUCCUAAAUUAUGGAAAGAACUCAGUGAGAAAUUUGAAUUUUUAAUGACAUCAAAUUGCAGAUCGGACAGUACUGCUUCAUGUCAGUGUAAUAGCAAACACAAUAACGAGACAUAUUUCGACGUCACAUUACUUCGAAUCCUGUUAAGCGACAAUGAAACUUCUGACAACGAAAGUUUAAGUUCAGGAGUUGGCAUCGAGAAGAUUUUGAUGAAACACACCGGAAGACUUGUAAACAUUGUUGAUUAUUCUCAUGUUGGGACAGAAUGCAAAAGCAAACUUGUUAGAGACACUGAAGAGUUCCUUAACGAUGAUUCAAAAGAUUUUCAUGCAUUUUUAUUUGUUGCUAGAUACGAGGUGGUAAGAAAUCCUUCUGCUUACAAAAUACUUGAAACUUUCAAGGUUAUCUAUGGUUCUGAAGUUUUGAAAUAUUAUGGUCUUAUUUUGUUAACUUAUAACGACAAAGAUGAGGAGCGUCAAAUAAAUGUGGAAGAAUGGUUUGAAGCACAAGACGUUGAGACAAAACGUUGUCUUGAAGAAUGUGGAAAGAGGAUUGUUUUAGUCAAUACCUGUGAAAUUGAUAAUAUUAUAAUUCAAAAACGUCAAAUGGAUAACUUUAUAAAAGUUAUCGAUAACUUACAAUUUAAUGGAAGAAGAUAUACAUUGAACGAAUUUAAAAAAGCCGAAGGACGAAGACAAUUAGAAUUGCGAUUAGUUUUACAAGAAAAGGAAGCAAAAAUUACAGAAAAAACGUUCGACAAAUGCAGUCAAAUGAUAAAAGAGUCUAAAGAGCUAAAAGAAGAUAAAAUUAAAAAUAUGUCCUUUAUAAAAAUGAAAGCUAUUUUAUGUAAGAAUAAGUUAUUAAAAAAAGAUAGUGGAACCGAAGUUCUCUCUGAUGCAUUACGUGAAGUCGAUUCAACCAUUCAAAAGCUGGAAAAGAUUGAAAAAUUUUGGGCAGACAUAAGCAAUGUUAAAUCUGAAUGUCUAAGAAUUCAAGAACAGCAAGACAUUCAAUUGAAACUAAAUAUCCAAAAGAAACAAACUUUAAAUGAACGUAAAAAAGUAUUAAAAGACCAUCUAAAGCACAAAGAAGAUAAAAACCUGUUGUUAAAACAAAAGAUUAGCCAAAAAGUACAACAACUGAAGACGUUAAAAGAAGAAUCAAUUAUCAGGAACGAAAAUAACAUAUCUAUCAUUAAUGACAUAAAAGAGAUGGAAGCAAAGAACAAAAAGUUGAUGGAAGAAAUAGAUAUCAAAUAUAAUUUUCCUAAAAUGUUAUGCUUUUUAAUAAGCAUUUUUAUCAUCAUUGUAUAUUGCGUUAUGCAGCACAUUACAUACGAUAAUGAUAAAUGCAUUUCAUCAGUAAAGAAAACUGAUUUAAAAAUAAAAUAUGUAGAUUUCCGCUAUUUCAAAAUGAUACAAAAGAAAAACCAUAAAAAUGCUUUAAGACAAUGGUAUUUAUCAGGGUUCGAAGGACACUUUUUAACACCGAAUGCUCAGCAUGUCCAAAUAGAUUUUCGGUUAAUAAAAAGCAAAGAAGAUGCAAACACAUUUAAGAAAACACCUCUCGGAGACUUGGGAAAAAAAUCAUGUGACGGAAAAGAAUUGUUAGAGAAAAUACAUCAGAUGGACAAAAAGAUAAAUAAAAUCAAACGAAACAUAAACCGAGAUAAUCAGAAAUCAUUUAUGUUGACUCAAGAAAUUAAAAAUGAAUCAAAUACCUUAAAACAUCAAUGUCAGGAACAUAUUAAUGAUUUAAACAAAAGAAUACUUUUUGCAGUUUAUGAAUCAGAAAUUUUGGUUAGAAAUGGAACAGAAGUUUCAAAUGAGAAUAAAAACAAUCAAAUUGAAAUUGAAGAAAUUAUUCAAGGCACACAAAAAUCGUUUGAUACUUGCAAAGCUGCAGUUUGUACAUGUUGUAAAACAACUGGCUUUUCAUGCCAGUUAUUACAUAUUAGUUGUUAAUAGCAAGAAACGUUUUAAUGAAUCAAAUAAACGUCUUCAUCAAAAAUAGAAGGUAACGUUUCAAUUUAUACUUUUUAUUUUCAUUUCUGUAUGACAACAUAUUCUCGAUUUCUUAUUUUGAUUUAAAAGCUAAUUAUUUCAUCUUUAUUAUGAAAUUUGUAUAUGUAAAUAAACUUUACAAAUGUAAUUAUGUAAAUUGUCAAAUGAAAAAUAAAAUAAGCAUUACAAUAAUCAUUUUUAGUUUUCUUGUGGCCCCGAAAGAGAAAAAUCCAUUAUUAUUUCAUUGUGAUCUUUCUGUCUUUCCGUCUGUCUGUCUAUUGGUCAUUGCGUCCUUUUUAGUUCACAGAAACUAGAAAUUAUAUUAAAAGCCAAAUAUCAUUAUAUAUUAGAUGUUUUCAGAGUUCUGAUGGAACGUCUCUUUUUUUUUAUUACUUAAAUCAAACAAUUUAUUCUUAAAAAUUAAAUAUGCAAGCACUUUUUUUCAUAAACAUAAUCACUUUUAAAUAAAAAGAUUAAGAGGAAUUGUUUUUUUUAUAUGGUAGGUCUUAAACAUUUAUUAUAAAAAAAAGGAUUUGUUGGAGUCCGAAAAUCAAUGAGAAAAACAAUAUAUCACGAGACUAAGCAUUCACAGCUGUCAUAUUUCAAGUGCAGGCAUACCGCUGUCCGACAAUGAUCGAUUUAGAGUUUCUUUUUUUUGCCGACUACGUCAGCAUUGGAUUUUCUUUUGGUUUUAAUUAUGUAUCCCGAAGGAAUCAUCCAGCUGUCUCUUUUGAAAGCCACCUGUUGUCAUGUGAUCUUUACAAUGUCAGUUUAAGCAAAUUGGUGCCUAACUUUAUCUAUCCAUUAUUCUGUCAGACGUUGGCGCACCACGCAAUGUUUAUCGACCGUCUUUCUCCAUUCUUCUCUGUCUUUUGCCUUGGAUAUAGCAUUUUUUAAAUGGGAGGCCCGACCAUUUUUCAAUGUUGUCUUCUCAUCGCUUUUCCGUUUGCCUCUUCUUAUUUUUCCUGAUACUGUUCCCUAAAAUAAUGUUUUUGCCAGCACCGACGACAUUGUAAUAUGGCCAUAUAGUUUUAGCUUACAUUUUUUACAACACAAAGAGGCGCGCUGGCUGAGUGGUUAAUUGCUUGGUCCUGGGUUCGAAUCUUGGUGAAGACUGUGAUUUUAAAUUUCAGGAUUUUUAGGGCACCUCUGAGUCCACCCAACUCUAAUGGGUACCUGACUUUAGUUGGGGAAAUUAAAAGGGUUUUUGUCUUUGUGCUGUCCACAUGACACCCUGCUCUUUAACCAUUUGUUAAAGAAAAAAUGAACUUAACAUCAUCUGCCCCAUAGAUCGCAAUGUUUGAAAGAAAAACUGUUUACAAUAGUUAGCAGCUCAUCGUUGGGUAUAAUCAGUAUAGCGACCCUGUAUCUUAUUUCUUCGUAUUUGAUGCUGUCUUUAAAUGUGAUACAUAAAGUGCUUCUGUAGCAUCUCAUUUCAAUUGCUAGGAUCCUCCUCUCCAACUCUGUAGUCCGAGUCCAAGACUCACAAGACUUACAGUUGUGGUCAUGGUCUUGGAGCAAAUCAGUCUGAUUUUAGUGCCGAGGGAUAAGCUUUGUCUUUCCAUAUUAUUUUUAUUUUUUGCAAGUGCUGCUGCUUUGGGCGUGUGCUUCAGGCUUUGUGCCCGCAUCUGAAACUACUGACUUUUGUCAGCUUUUUUCCUCAAAUGCUAAUGUCACCUUCCUUUAAAGCACUGUUGUCUAUUGGUCUUAAUUCGGGGGAAGGCAUUUAUUUGCAUUCUAUAUCAUAUAGUCUUGUUUAUGCGUAUAUGCGCAUCACCAAGUCAGCUAGUUCUUCUUUUGUCGCUGCUACCUCAUCUAUGUUAUUCGCCAAGAGCAAGUUAGUAAACUCUUAUUCUUCAAAUGGUUACAGUACCUUUAUAGCCUUCUAGAAAAUAUUCCUUUAUCCUUUUAAGAAAUAUAUUGAAAACUAUUUGUGAGAGUAUUUUUUACUCAAAAUAUUGUUUUAAAUCAGUCCCAAAUAUUAUUGUUAAAGUACACUGCACUGAUGUCCUCCUUGUAUAAGUUCUGGAUUACUUCUGGUAUGUUUUUAUUUAUGUUGUACUUUUCCAUUGUUGCUCAGAUUGCCCCAUGCCAUUCUCGGUUGAAAGCUUUAUUGAGACUAAUAUAAACAUGGAAAAAAUUAUCUUUGUGUUGGAGGUAUUUUCCACUGAGUAUUCUGAUCUUUACAGUUAUAAUUUAGAUUAUUUUCAGUUGGUGCCUAAGCUUGUCCAUAAAGCGUUUCUGUGAAUGCCUUUGUUACGCCAACAAACUUUGAUAUCACUAAAAAUAUUGCUUCCCCUUUAACAUAUGUGCUUUGUUUAGCGUAGCUAACGGACUAUAUCAAUUUUUAGCUUGAUUAUUGAAUACAUUUCUCAUUCCAAUGGUGUUUAAAAACAUAUUUUGUUUUUAUAAAUGUUGUUACUAAAUGUUGUUACUAUUUAAAAAAGAAUUAUUUUAAAACAUUCAUUCCUGACAUGUGCUUAAUAUAUGCCUGACGACAAUAAAAUCCUAAGAUUCAUCCCAGAUCUAGGUUUUUAUCCAAAUAAAUUAAUAAUUUAAAAACAAAUAUAUGUAUUUUUAAGGUAAUAGCCUAGCUCCUAACAACUUUAGGAGCGCAGUUUUAUGAACGAAGAGGCAUUAUUUUAAAAGAGACGUUAUUUAUCUUAACCUUAAAUAAAUUUAAAAAAUUUUUUUUAUGUUAUCAAUAAUCUAUAUUCGUUAAUCUUUUUUCUUCUAUUGAAUCUAUUAGAUUGAGACAACAGGCGUCUAGGUCUAUACUGUUAUUUUACUGCAAUAUACAUAUAGAUUCUCUCUGUAUAUAAUUCUCUUAUAUAUUACAGACGUUACUUCAAAAAAUAAGAUAAUUACUUCCUACGCAUUUAGUGAGCACAUAUGAGAAAAAAAAACUUAAGUACAAAAUUUAUAAACAUAUAUAAAAUUUCAAUAUCUAGAUUUAUAUUUUUUUUUCUUAAUGCUUUCAGUUUAUUGAUAAACAUUGUUUAUAUUUCUACUUAAACCUAAUCCACUAUAUAUUUCUAAAGUACCUUUUACUUUACUGGCGCAUGAAAUUUCCUACAUUCAUUUUUUAUUCUCCUACGUGCACAGUCAGAACAAGUUUUGAAAGAUUCGCAACCGGGCAACCGACCUACGCAAAAAAAAAAAAAGCAAGCUUUCUUUCAAUUCAUUGUCUUUUUUAUCGUAUUUCUAAAAAAAUAUUGCAGCCUACAUAACAAGCAAGGAAAAAAAGUAAAUUAAGUAUUUUUUAUACAAUUUGUUUUUUCCACUUAGUCUGCAUAAUUUUAAUAUACCUUAAGUAAUUCCACUUCCUUUUAGACGUGGUCGCCAUUGGAAAAAAAUCCUAAUAGUGAUCAAAAGAUAGAUCAAACGUCGAUUUUUUAUGAUUAGUUAAAGGAUGAAAACAAUAAGUUUUAACUAACGUUUGAUUAAAAGCUGAAAGGUUUGUUGAAGAGUUGAUCAAUUGCAGAAUGCUAAAAGGAUACGGUAUGUCUUUGUAAUGAAAAAAAAAGGCAAAAAAUGUCCGUAAAUUAACAAAAUCUCAUGAAAACUUGAAAAACAAAUCUAAAUAAUAGACAAAAUUAUCAUUUCGGUGUCUCAUUCAAAAUGUAAAAAGGCAUUAUUAGAGUUCUUUAAUAAAAGUGUAAUGCAAAGACUAAUUUAUAUUCUAACAGAAAUAUUAAUUUUCACUUAUUAUCUUUAUCCCUAACAAGACUGCAGGACUGGGCCUGCGCAAACUGUUUCACAUAGGGUCCCGCAAUUGUUAGGGUCUGCCCUGAACAUAGAGUGUAUUAAAUAUUGAGACGCCUAAGAAAAGUCAGAUAUUGUACUUUGACUUAGCUUUUUUGAGCAAUAGUUGAGGAGAUCAUAUAUCUAGACAGGAUGCCAUGUUUUUUUUAAAGUAGGACUAUCUUGAUCUCCCGUAUCUAUAUUGAAGUUUUUAUUCUUUUUUUUUUUAAAUUGUUCUUAUGCUGUCAACUUUAUGUUUUUUACGUUUAUUUUACUGAAAUGAAGGUCUGAAUAAAAUGUUAAUAAUAAUUUGAUGAGGUUUUUUUUUGUUUUUUUUAAAUUACAAUUUAAAAAUAUCUGGUUAACAGUUAGAUCUAUAAUGAUCUAUUCAGUCACCAAUCAAAGCGAAAAUUGAAAAAAAUAUUUAAAAAAAAACAAAGACAGUUUGUGUGGAAACACAAACUCAAAAUCGGCCCCCGAAGUGGUUCACUUAGAGUCUUCACCAGAAUUCGAACACGGGACUUCCGAUUCCAAGUGCUUUACCCCUGUAACUCUCAUGUUGUGUAUUGUUGAAUAGAUUCAAUAGAUUAGUAGAUUACAUUUCUCUUGGCUGAAUAAUCCUUCACAGUGCUAGUGUUAUGUAUAAAAUAUAAUGUUAGUGUGUGAUGUGUACAAUAUCAGUGUUUUG